AUUUAAGCUCGCUUUUUAAGCAGUGUAAUCUGUAACUGUGAGAUUAGAAUUGCAAAACUUUGACAAGAAGAGCAUGGAUUUUCAGACAUUUCAGACAAAUGCAAACAACUUUUUCGGGCGUGUUAUACAGAUGACGGAAGAGGCAUUCAGUAUUGCUGAACGAACACCGUUGGAUGCAGCACUAGAUGAACUUAUUAAAGAAGGUGAAAAGCGAAGAAAAUGGGCGGAAAGUCUCAUAGAACAGACUGAAAAUAUGAUCCAGCCAAAUCCAGCUCAACGAGUUGAAGAUCUUAUUCUCAAAAAUAUGGACAGAAAGAAAAUACGAAUAAGUGCUGGUGAACAACUGGGAGAUAGUAUGAACAAUAUCGGAGACCUUCUUGGAGCAAGAACUCCUGGCGGUUCAGCACUUAAGACUUGUGCAGCGAGUCAAAUAAAAAUUGGGCAAGCUGAACAAAAAUUACAAGAGACAGUUACUGCAGAUUAUAUUGAAUGGUUACGUGCAUAUAUAUCAAAUGAAGCCAAAAUUGCCAAACAAGAACGAGAAAACUUGGAAACUGCUAGACUGGAUUUGGACCGUUUGAAGACAGUGCAUAAACGCGCCAAAAAUGAUAAACAAAAAGAUUUAGCUCGGCAGUUAGAAGAAGCUCAGUUGAAAUUCAAUCGACAGUGUGCUGCUACAAAAAAGGUUUUAGAAGAAAGUGUUGCUAAAUUUGACUCACAAAAAGGUCAGUUGGAGAAACUCUUACAGGCUCAGUCGGACUAUUUUCGAACUUGUAUGGAUGCAGUGAAUUCAGCAUUACGUGAAUUAUAAAGGAGAAAUGAAAAAGGAUAAAGACGUUUGGAAUCAACGACGUACACAAUAAAAUUCGGUGGGAUUUCUGCUAAUUUUUCAACAGUUAUUGUGCCUUAUUUUUUGUUUUCUUCAAAAUCAUCCUGUUCCCUUUUUAAAGUGAAAUUAUUCGCUCAAUUGUUGCCUGUGAUGCCUUCGUAAAUGUUUCUCUUUUUCUAAUAAUAUUUAUAAUUUAAAAAAAAACAGAAUUUUUCUUCCCCAUCGAUGGUUUUUAAAAAAUAUGCUGAGUUAACCACACUGAAUUUUACCUUUUUUCCUAUCAUUGCCUACUGUGAUACUGUUUAUAUUUUUGUUUAACAAUUUAACCAAGAAUUUCUUUUCUAUUCUCUCAUGAAACCUUUUUCCCAAAAAAAAAAUAAAUUACAUCAUUGUUAUGCAAAUACAUUUAUAAGUUAAAUCA